CUCCUCGUGAUGACAGCGAAUGACAGCACCGUCCGCUCCUGCAGAAGCCUGUGUGAGACGGCUAGCCGCCAACACACAAUUCCUCUCACUCGAGAAAUCUUUUGAUCAGCUGCGUUUAGAGAAAUAGCGAACAACCAGCAAAGGCUAGUGACGUUUGAACUGACCUUUUUGCCUGUGAGCUGGUGAAAAUGGUGAAGCCAGACAUCCACACUCUGGCCCACCACCUGAAGCAGGAGCGGCUGUACGUGGCAUCGGAGAAGCAGCUGAUCCAGAGGCUCAACAGUGAUGUUCUGAAGACCGCUGAAAGACUGUACCGGGCCGCGUGGAUCGCUAAGCAGCAGAGGAUCAACCUUGAUCGGCUCAUUCUCACCAGUGCCGAGGCCUCUCCGGCUGAAUGCUGCCAACAUGCCAAAAUGCUCGAAGACACGCAGUUUAUUGAUGGCUACAAGACUCUGGGCUUCCAGGAGACGAUCUAUGGCGAGUUCGUGGCCCGGUUAAGGGAGAACCCGAGACUGGUGGCCUCCUGUCUAGUGGCAGGAGAGAGGCUGAACCAGGAGCACAGCCAGGGGGUCACCUAUACCGUCUUCACCUCCCUUUAUGGCAACUGUAUCAUGCAGGAGGACGAGAGCUACCUGCUCCAGGUGUUGAGAUAUCUGGUUGAGUUCGAGCUGAAAGAGAGUGACAACCCUCGCCGCCUCCUGCGGCGGGGAACCUGUGCCUUCAGCAUCCUUUUCAAGCUCUUCUCCGAGGGCCUGUACUCAGCCAAGCUCUUCCUCACCGCCACCCUCCACGAACCCAUUAUGCAGCUGCUGGUGGAAGACGAAGACCACCUGGAGAUCGACCCAGCCAAAGUGACCGAGCGCCUCACUCCGGCCCAGCAGGAGCGCUUUGGAGAGAAGGGCUCCGAGGGCUACAAACAAAGGGUGCAGGCGGCCGUGGAGGCAAACGAAGCCAAGCUGGUAGCUCUGGUCAACAAGUUCAUCGGUUACCUGAAGCAGAACACCUACUGCUUUCCACACAGCCUGCGCUGGAUCGUGUCGCAGAUGUACAAGACCUUGUCCUGUGUGGAGCGCCUGGAGGUGGGCGAGGUGCGCACCAUGUGUACAGACCUGCUGCUGACCUGCUUCAUCUGCCCCGCCAUAGUUAACCCCGAGCAGUACGGGAUCAUCUCAGACGCCCCCAUCAAUGAGGUGGCCCGCUUCAAUCUCAUGCAGGUGGGGCAGCUUUUGCAGCAGUUGGCCAUGACCAACGACGACGCGGACCCAAGGCGGAAAAGCAGUUUGGCCAAAUUUGACAAGAGUUGUGUUGCUGCGUUUCUGGAUGUGGUGAUCGGAGGAAGGGCGGUCGAGACCCCACCCAUGUCCUCAAUGAACCUCCUUGAAGGCCUCAGUCGAACGGCGGUCUAUAUUACACACAAUCAGCUGCUCGUGCUGGUGGACUUUGUGCGUAAUGUGGUGGCCGGGGACCACCUUCGAGAGGAGGAGCACAUGGCUCUGGAGACCCUGGUGGCCAACGUGCCCCAGUCCCGAACUGUGAAGAGCAACAGCCUGGAGCUCACUCCCUCCAACACACCCCAGCUCUCCCCGGCUACCACUCCUGCCAACAAGAAGAACAGACUCCCCAUAGGACAACAUUUAGCUGCUAUAACAUCCUGGGACCCGUCAACCACCACUCUGUCUGCCCACAUUGAAUUAGUAACCCCCUUUGCAAACGCCCGUAGCCGCAGCCGUACCAACAUAGCCCAGGAGGGGGAGGCAGAGGGCAGCUCCCAGGAGUCCAUUCAGGAGCUGAUGCCGGAGGAGGUGCUUGUGAUUUCACUAGGAACGGGUCCUCAGUCGGUCCCCGGGAUGAUGUCAGAGAAUGAGGUUUUGAACCUGCAGUUGGCUGAUGGGGCCCAGGGGGAAAGCCAUGCUGAUGAUACUAAGCUGCAUGGUAAACCAGACAAAACCCUGCGCUUCUCCCUCUGCAGUGACAACUUGGAAGGCAUCUCGGAGGGUCCGUCCAAUCGUUCUAACUCUGUGUCCUCUCUGGACCUGGAGGGGGAGUCUGUUUCUGAGCUGGGAGCCGGACCGUCAGGGAGCAACGGGGUGGAGGCUCUACAGCUUCUGGAGCACGAACAGGCCACCACUCAGGACAACCUGGAUGACAAACUGCGCAAGUUUGAGAUCAGAGACAUGAUGGGUCUGACGGAUGAUAGAGACAUCUCCGAGACUGUCAGUGAAACCUGGAGCACCGAUGUGCUCGGCAGUGACUUUGACCCCAACUUGGAUGAAGAUCGGCUGCAGGAAAUAGCAGGGGCGGCUGCGGAGAACAUGCUCGGCAGCCUGCUGUGUCUUCCUGGCUCAGGUUCAGUGCUGUUGGACCCCUAUGGCUCCACCAUCUCGGAGACCACGAGCGAGGCUUGGAGCGUGGAAGUCCUUCCCAGUGACUCAGAAGCACCUGACCUGAAACAGGAGGAGCGUCUGCAGGAGCUGGAGAGCUGCUCCGGGGUCGGUAGUACCUCCGAUGACACCGAGGUCAGAGAAGUCAGCUCGAGACCUAGCACACCAGGCCUCAGUGUUGUCUCAGGCAUCAGCGCAACCUCUGAAGAUAUACCCAACAAAACCGAGGACCUGCGGUCAGAAUGCAGCUCAGACUUUGGAGGGAAGGACUCUGUGACCAGUCCAGAUGGGGAGGAGUCAAGCCACGCAGCACACCAUCCGACAUCUCCGCCGUCACAGACCGAUUCCUUACUGGCCAUGUUCGAUCCUCUCUCCUCCGCUGAAGGCUCCUCCACUGGAACAAUAGUAAGGCCCAAGGUGCACUACGCUAGGCCCCCUCACCCUCCUCCGGACCCUCCCAUCCCUGAAGCCAUUGCCCUGGGGCCGGACACGCGGCACUCUCUCUUCACGCCCCACUGCCUGGUCCAGGCUGAGCUGGAACACACCAAGCAGCGCCACUCCUUCCCCGACAGGCUGGUCCGUAGCCGCAGCUCCGACAUCGUGUGCCCGGGACGCCGGCCCACGAGUGACCCCGGUCUUAACCGGCGGGUCGCGGUGGAAGAGCGCGACCCUGCCGGGGCCUUCGCCUUAGGACCGUCCUCGUCCCCGAGCAAGGACUCCCUCAAAGGAGAGGCUGAGGACAGAAAAGACAGUGACGACGAGAAGUCUGAUCGCAACAGGCCAUGGUGGAAGAAGCGUUUUGUCUCAGCCAUUCCCAAAGUGCUGUAUUGGACGGCUGAGAGUGAUGUCCCAGCUCCGAUAGCAUUUCGGAAGAGAGACAAGCAUGAGAAAGACGACGUUGCCCCAGAGCGUGUCCCACAAGAUGAUCCGUUGCCCAGACAGAGCUCUCAUGCUCAGGCAGCUGAAGACAUUCUGGACAAGUACAGAAACAUCAAGAGGACCAGCCCGAGUGAUGGAGCCACCGGUGGAGCUUCUUAUGAUGGGACAGGAGACGCUUGUGUUGAGGACAGCGUGCACGACUCCCCUAGAGAAGACACUCUGCAGAACAUUUCAGCUGAUGACCUCCCGGACUCCGCCAGCCAAACAGCGCAGCAGCACGACUCCAAGUUCUCCUUCAGUGAUGCAAAGAAGAAGUUGAGGUUGGCAUUGUGUUCCGCCGACUCAGUGGCUCUGCCCAUCAUGGCUUCUGUAACCACACGAAAUGGGCUGCCUGACCACAUGGACACUGAAGACAAUGAGAUCGUCUGCUUCCUGAAGAUCCAGCUAGCAGAGGCCAUCAACCUCCAGGAUAAGAACCAGAUGGCCCAGAUCCAGGAGACAACACGCUGUGUCACCCGCUUCGACGCACGUACCUGCAGGAAGCUGCUGGCUGCCAUCGCGGAGGAUUACAGAAAGCGGGCGCCAUACAUAGCUUAUCUGACCAGGUGUCGUCAGGGCCUGCAGACCUCUCAGGCCCACCUCGAGAGGCUCCUGCAGAGGGUGCUGAGAGACAAGGAGGUGGCCAACCGCUACUUCACCACCGUGUGUGUUCGGCUCCUUCUUGAACACAUGGAGUGCAAGACGCUUGACUUCAUUAAAGCGUUCCAGGGGUGCACAGCGUCGGAUGAUAAGACGGCAGCAGUGGAGGAUUUCCUGCGCUACUUAUACGGUGCCAUGGCCCGUGAUGCCAUUUGGCAGUAUGCUAGCGAGGACCAGCUGCAGGAUGCCCAGAUGGCUAUUGAGCGCAGCGUUAUGAACCGCAUCUUCAAACUGGCUUUCUACCCCAACCUGGAUGGAGAUAUUCUCAGAGACCAGCUCUUCCACGAACAUAUCCAGCGGCUUACAAAAGUUGUGACGGCCAAUCAUAAAGCUCUUCAAAUCCCAGAGGUCUAUCUGAAGGAGGCUCCCUGGCCCUCUGCACAGUCUGAGAUAAGGACCAUCAAUGCAUACAAGACGCCACGAGACAAAGUCCAGUGUAUACUGCGCAUGUGUUCCACCAUCAUGAACCUCCUCAGUCUGGCCAAUGAGGACUCCGUCCCUGGAGCGGAUGACUUUGUCCCUGUGCUCGUCUUUGUCCUCAUACGAGCAAACCCGCCCUGCCUGCUGUCCACCGUUCAGUACAUCAAUAAUUUCUAUGCCAGCCGGCUGAGUGGGGAGGAGUGCUAUUGGUGGAUGCAGUUCACCGCGGCUUUGGAAUUCAUUAAGACCAUCGACGAUCGCAAGUGAAGCAGAACAGCCACCUGUAUGGGCAGACUGCGGGGGAAGGAGCCGGGAGACUUGGAGACUUCCCAAGCAACUGCUCCCCCUGCACAGCUUAUAAAACCUGGCCCUCAGCCUGCUCUUUAUUUGUAUAGCUUGUACAUAGCCAGAGACGUUGAAAGAGUACAAAAUAUAUAUUACUGUAUGUAUGUGGACAAAUCCAGGUUUUAGUCGUGCUAAAAAAACAACGGCGUUGGGGGAAAAUUGGCAAGAUGAUAACUCUGAACCUGAUUUUUUUUUUUUUUCUCUUUAAUCUUGUUUCACGUUUGGGGUCUGUAUUAGGAAUUUUAUAAAUAUACAAUUACCAAUAUGACAUUAAAUCACUCUAAAAGAUAAUCCUAUAUAAAGGGACCAGACUUCCUUGAUGUGAUCACUGAUCAUUUUACUCGCCCCUUGAGUGAGAGGGAAGGACUUCCAAUUAAAUUACAAUAUAAUGUUCAUUAAAACCAUUGUUACGCAGGGAUCGGCGGUGCGUGGUAGUUACUGAUGGGAUUUAGCGACUCGUAAAAACUGAAAUUAAUUCACAAUAAUACUACUCACAAGGUAAGUGUAUCAAAGAAAUAGGGCAGCUUUUUCAAUGAAUUGUUUACUUUAUCUUAUUUCCUGCAAACAAGUGGCAAUUUCGACAUAAGGGCCCAUAUAUUUAUUUGAAAUAAAAUGUAUUUAUUUCCCUAAUACCUAUUUAAUGUUUUUUCUUUUCUUUUUUUAAAAUAAAUACAAAAAAAAAAAAUAGUCAAUGCAUAUCAUGCCCGUUUUAAGAUGUCUGAGGCAAGAGGUGUAAGUCUAAGACAGAAGAAGUUGAGUUAGGGAGGCACCUUAGCAAUGACUAGUCAUGGGGAUUAAUGAUACAGGGUCAACUCAUUCAGAGUAGUAGUGGUGGCAUUUGUGGAAAUAUUGAAAAUUGUGCCUUUUGAUGUGGGGCGCUCUACCGGUAGUUUAUUUUUCAAAAACAUUCAGUCUAAGCAUUUUUCCCCGCAGAUGCAUGCAAGCACACAUUUACACACACACACGCCAAUGAGCUAAUUACGUCUCACUGAGAAACCUUUGUCCAGCCCUCGCUGCAGGAACACAGGCAUCUCCACGUCACUGAUUGUCUUUGCUUCGUCCCUUUAAUGCUCCCCAAUCUGAACAAAUAUCCCUUGGUGUUCUGGAUCCUACCUCAGUAGAAGCCCACAAGCCGGAUUAUGACUCCUCUGUAUUGGUGGUCAACAGAGUGUACUGGAUAAUUUUUGCACUGGUAACAAAAUGGGGAGGGAGAGUUGUAUACUGACCAGCUGUGAUAUUAGUGUUCAUAUCCCCCCUCAAUCAACACAAGCCUUUUGUUAGCAAAAUAAAUAGUUGUUCAUUUCUGAUAUUGAACCGUGGCUAUGGGCUGACUAUUGGAUAUUGGCUCUCUACCUCCUACCGACUCGUGCUUUUGUGGACUUUUAUUUCUUUUCUCUCCCCAAUUUGGCGGGCUGUGUCAUCCUGUUGUUAUUGUAUAUUUGCAAGUAUAGUACAAGCUUGUCUUCACUUAUCCAGAAAUGACUAAAACCCCUCUUUUGAAAUCCUCUUUAUUUUUGAGCAUAGACGUGCCACAUGUAUUAUAGUUUCCCGUGAUCCUCUACUUUUCAAGUUAAUUGACCUGACGGCACAAUACACAGUAGAGCAAAUGAUCAAUGCUAUUGACUUACUGGUUUUAUUUCUUUCCUUCAGUUUAUGCUAAAAGUGGCUGGUGUAGUAUGUGAGUGCGUGUGAGACGAUCAUCUGAUUGGUUGACCCUCUGCCUCCUCUCGCAUGAAGUCAUUCAAUGGGCUGCACAUUCUCAAUCAUGAUAACCAGUAGAACGGAGUUAGCAUCUGCCACAGUAAUUGAACCUGCAAGAGGAUGCAAAGCUUCUCUGUGUCAGUGAUACUUGCAAAUCAAAAUGCGAUUAAUUUUGCACAAAGCAGAUGUUUGGCUGAAAGAAAUUGACAGGGAGCGGUGCAUUUUUUUUAAAUGUCAUUACUUCUGGCCUUUGCAGUCAUUUAACAAAGAUAUCUGGGUUAGAAUAUAUUUUGAGUAGCACAGUUAAUAUAAUAAUUCAAGCAUUUCUCAGCAUUUUUUACAUCCGUCUACAGUAGCACAUACACCAGAGUUGUGUGCGCUUCCUAAGAGUCUCUAAUCAAUUUGAUGAGAAAACCAUGCACUGGAAAAUCAAGUUGCAGGUUGCAUCUAUACUAAUUAGGUUUAUGUGAUGUCACUUUAAUUGGAAAUACAUAUUGCGCAACUCUGAUGAAAUUAUUUGGACCUGGCUUAAGUUUCAGCGUUUCCUCAGACAGCCGAUGGCAGCGGCGACAGAUCCUAACGCCCCAUUAUUUACACAAAUAUGCACAUGUCUGUGAUGGCAACUGUAAUUUUGGCUCUGAUUGUAUGCAAGCCACUGGGCCCUAGUGUCAAGUGUACAGACUGAAGAGUUGGGUCUGUUCCUCAAAGCUUUACUGCUCUGCUUCCUGUGCAAUUCAGUUGAAAAGCUGAUGAGACAGAGGAAAAAACGGUUUUACAUCUAAAUUUGCGUUUAAUUGUAAGCUUGCACAAUUUUGACAUGCGGGGAAAAGCCGGUUUGUCUUUACUGUGAAUAAUGCAUUAUGUAAUUCUUUAAAAACAAUAAAAUAAGCAGAUGUUU